AGCAAGGGUGGCAAGGGACUCGGCAAAGGAGGCGCCAAGCGUCACCGUAAAGUUCUCCGUGAUAACAUCCAGGGCAUCACCAAACCCGCCAUCCGCCGUCUGGCUCGCCGUGGCGGAGUGAAGCGUAUCUCCGGUCUGAUCUACGAGGAGACCCGUGGAGUGCUCAAGGUGUUUUUGGAGAACGUCAUCCGCGACGCCGUCACCUACACUGAGCACGCCAAGAGGAAGACUGUGACCGCCAUGGAUGUGGUGUACGCUCUGAAGAGGCAGGGCCGCACUCUGUACGGCUUCGGCGGUUAAACUCAUUCACCCUGAUCCAUCAAACGGCUCUUUUAAGAGCCACACACUUCACUGUAAGAGCUUUGUUCUGCGGUGUUUUGUCUUGCUUUGGAGAAAAGUUCUGGAAGUAGUUCAACACGUGACAGGAUCUUCCCCACGAGAUUCAGAGGUAGAGUA